AACGUCAAUAAUUAAUGAAAUAGAAAAUUCGACGACAUCCACAACGGCACCACCACCAUCCAAUUGCCAAAGCUGCCAUGGAUAGGCAAAGCUACAAUCAUGGAGGAUCUUUGCUCUAUCAAAGCCUAACAUCAAUAUGGACACAAGCAGAAACACCAAGAUAAAGAUUCACGUCUCUAACUUUAGUUAAACCUAUUUUUGAGAAUUCGAUACUAUUUUCUAGAAAGUACAAGAUUGUAUUGAAUAAUGGGUUCUUGGUCGUUGUCAGCAUCUUCACAACUACAUGUAGCAGUGCUUUCUCAAACUCUCAGCUUUCUCUUUUUCCUCUUCUUUUCUAAUGGAGCCUUAGGGGUUACUUUAACUAUUGUAAACGAAUGUGGGUUCACUAUUUGGCCCGCAAUCAUUAGCAUUCAGAGUAUAAAUGAAACCGGAUUUGAGCUCACAAAGGGUAGUUCUCGCUCUUUUCAAGUUCCUGCUAUCUGGGAUGGUAGUAUAUGGGGUCGGACCGGUUGCAACUUCGAUAGCUCAGGUAAAUGGUUGUGUGCCACAGGUGACUGCGGCACCAAUGAAUUCAUGGAGUGUAAUGUAUAUAAAAGCAUACCUGCAGUCAUACCACCGGCCACAGCUGCUGACUUCAGUAUCAAUCAAAACCAGGAUUUUUAUGAUGUCAACAUUGCCGAGGGCUACAACUUGCCAAUACUUGUGGAGGCCACUGCCGGUUCAGGUUCUGGAUUAAGUAGUUGUGCAAAGACCGGUUGUGUUGAAGACUUGAAUCAGCGGUGUCCAAAGGAGCUAAGUUCAGCCGAUGGAAAGGUAUGCAAGAGUGCUUGCUUAGCUUUUGGCUCUCCAGAGUAUUGUUGCACUAACUCGUUCUCGUCACCCUCAUCGUGCAAGCCAACAGCAUAUGCUCAGUUGUUUAGAUCAGCCUGCCCAAGAUCGUAUAGUAACACAUACGAUCUACAGACUACUACAUUUAGGUGUAAAGGUGCCGAUUACACCAUCAGAUUUUGUGCUGCUGCCGAUUCAUUUUCAACAAUCAAACUUAGUGGCCAACUCAAAUCUACAGACCAGCUUGUUUCCACACGUGGAAAUUUCACAUUAGGGUUCUUUGGUGAAGAUUACAGUUACUUGGGAAUAUGGUACACAAACGAUGUUCAAUCCACAAAAGUGUGGGUAGCUAAUCCAAAUGCACCAAUCAUAUCCACCUCAGGCGCUCAUACCUUAUCCAUCAGUGCCAAAACCGGAGACUUGAUCAUCAGUGAAGGAUGGAGAACUCUAUUCAGCAUCACCGAUGUUAAAAUUGGUCCAAACGCAAAUGUGACUGCAACCCUCGAAGAUAAUGGUAACUUCCGGCUGAUUAACCAAGUUGACAAAAGGGUUUUGUGGCAGAGUUUUGAUCACCCAACCAAUGUGCUACUACCUGGCAUGAAGCUCGGGUAUGACAUGACAACAGGGCGGAAUUGGACUCUGACCUCUUGGUUGAGCAAUGAAAUCCCUAAAUCAGGACCUUUUACUUUGAGUUGGGAACCCACUCAAAAAGCAUCCCAGAGGUUAAUGAUUCGACGACGAGGACGACCCUACUGGACUAGUGGGACUCUAAAUAAUCAAAUAUUUCAAUAUAUGUUUGCAUUGAAUGGCCCAGGUAGUCAAUCUAUGUAUAAUCUCACUUCUGUAUACAACAAUAAAGAAAGAUACUUUAGCUAUGAUGGUAGUACUUCUGUUUUACCCAUGUGGAUUUUGACACCAAAAGGCCAAAUUAGAGAUAUUAAUAACGCUACUGUUUGGAGCCCUGCGUUUUGUUAUGGCUACGAUUCUGCUAAUGGUUGCGUGGAGUCGAUUUUUCCUCAGUGCAGGAGAGAGAAUGAUAAUUUUAGUAAAAAGAAUGGGGAUUUUGCUCAGGACAUGACAGAAGGUGUUAUUGAUGGGAACUCAAGCUUAAGCAUUAACGAUUGUUUUGUUAUGUGCUGGAAUGAUUGCAAGUGUGUGGGGUUUAAUAGUAAUACCACAAUAGGAACUGGUUGUGUAAUCUGGAAAGGAAUCAAUAGGUUUUCGGUUAAUCCUCAUGAUAACUCUACAUCAAAGUAUGUGAUCAGCCAAAAUCCAGACAAUCGAAGUACAGGAAACAAUACACAAAAGAGCAAGAAUUGGAUAUGGAUAUCCAUUAGUGUGUCCAUUCCUCUUGUUUUACUAGGUUUUGGGGCUUUAUGUUAUAUAAAGAAGAGAAAGCAUAGACAAAAAGAAUACCAGAGACGGAAGAGAGAUGAAUAUUUCGUGGAGCUGACAACUUCUGAAAGCUUCAAGGAUGUACAUCAGCUUGAACCAAAUGGUGUGAAAGGAAAUGAUUUAUUAUUAUUUAGCUUUGCCUCUAUCAUGGCUGCCACCAAUGAUUUCUCAGUGGAAAAUAAGCUCGGACAAGGUGGUUUUGGACCUGUUUACAAGGGAAAACUAAGUGAUGGGAAAGAAAUUGCAAUCAAAAGGCUUUCAAGAACAUCAAGGCAAGGGCUUGUGGAAUUCAAGAAUGAACUAGUACUCAUAGCCAAACUCCAGCAUACAAAUCUUGUUCGAGUUCUGGGUUGUUGCAUUCACGGGGAAGAAAAGAUGUUAAUAUAUGAAUAUAUGCCCAACAAAAGUUUAGAUUUCUUUGUAUUUGAUGAAAACAGAAAGGCAGAGUUGGAUUGGCCUAAACGAUUUAUCAUCAUUGAAGGAAUUGCUCAAGGGUUGUUGUACUUGCAUAAGUACUCAAGAAUGAAAGUUAUUCAUAGAGAUCUGAAAGCUAAUAACAUUCUUUUAGAUGAGAGUCUGAACCCCAAGAUUUCUGAUUUUGGUAUGGCAAGAAUAUGCGAGCAAAAUGUGACUGAGGCAAUGACUAACAGGGUGGUUGGAACAUAUGGUUAUAUGUCUCCUGAGUAUGCAAUGAGGGGGGUUUUCUCAAUCAAGUCCGAUAUCUUCAGCUUUGGAGUCUUGAUCCUAGAAAUUGUCAGUGGAAGAAGAAAUAGUAGCUUCGUCAAUCUUGAUGACACAUACAGUCUUAUUGGAUAUGCAUGGGAGCUAUGGCAACAAGGGCAUACAUUGGAAUUCAAGGAUCCUACAUUGGGAAAUGCUUGUGAUGUACAGCAAUUCUUGAGGACUGUUCAUGUUGCCCUUCUCUGUGUACAAGAGAAUGCAAUAGAUAGGCCAACAACAUCCGAGAUGAUCUCCAUGCUUCUCAAUGAAUCCAUAUCAUUACCCACUCCAAACAGACCAACAUUUUUGAUAGGUGGAGGGGACUCAAAUUCUACUUCAUAUGAAACCAAGGCAGAAGAUUUCUCCGUGAAUAAUGUAACCAUCUCUGUUGUGGGGGGUCGAUAGGGUAUGAACGUAGCUACAACAUAUCAUUCUUUGUGAAACCUUUCUGUAAUAUAGUUGGUAUUUAUUCAUGUUUGUAGGAGGUACAAUUCCAUUUUUUCAUACCUGCUACAUGCAUGCAGAAUUGCCACUUCAGAAUAUAUAAAGUACCUCUUUACAAGUCUAUCUGCAUUAAAUAUGUUGAUAAAUAACAUUUUGUGGAAACUUCUGGAUAACAGAUUCAUUAUUAGCUCAAUUUCAAAGCUUUCUGAGUUUAGGAAGUCUGGCGUUUAUGCAGCCUGAUUGGGGAGGAAACUGGUAACUUAUCAUAGAAGUAAUGGAUGUUACUAGCUAGUCUUAUAAUCAUAUCGUUCAUGUAUCAUUGUUUAUGUUCCUUAUUGUUCCCCUGGG